GACAGAUUGCCAAAAGGUACAGAAAUUCUAAAGAUACAUUUUAAAAGAAAAAUGGACGGCUGAACUGCAGUUAUCAAAAUAUUUGUAAUGUUAUCAUUAGACUUAAACACCUUACAUGAGCAUCACAGUGUUGGGAAAAAAAUCAGUUGAUUUGUAUCUACAAUAAUAAAACUCAGUAACUUCAUUAUGGCCAAAUCAACUAAAGAGCUUGCAAGAGAAUUAGGUCUGUUGAGAAAGCGUCCAUUUCCUGAAGCUGCUUCUAGGACCUGUAAAAAAAGCUGUCUAGUUACUCCAGUUAAUGCGCAGAAAUUUGCUUACUUGAUUGUAAUUGAUUUUGAGUCAACAUGUUGGGAAAAUGAUAAAUACAGUCCUCAAGAGAUCAUUGAAUUUCCUGCUGUUUUAAUGAAUACAACCAAUGGUCAAAUUGAGAGUGAAUUCCAUUAUUACCUGCAGCCAAGUGAGAAACCAUUUUUAAGUGAGUUUUGUCAAAAGCUCACAGGUAUCACUCAGGACCAGGUAGAUAAUGGUAUACCGUUGUCACUGUGCCUCAGGAAAUUUUCUACUUGGCUGAAGAAACUUAAGGAUGAGAAAGGGAUUGUAUGUGCUGAUGACCGGGAAAAAGUUGGUGAUGAAAAAGUGGCUGCGUUUGUCACUUGGUCAGAUUGGGAUUUGGCUGUGUGUCUACAUUAUGAAACCAAAAGAAAACAGAUAACAAAGACAGCGGGUUUGGACAGAUGGAUAGACUUGAGAGCUACAUACAGGAAAUUUUACAGUCGCAAACCAGAUGGUUUAAAUGGUGCACUUCAAGACUUGGGAAUUGUUUUCAGUGGAAGGGAGCACUCAGGGUUGGAUGAUGCUCGAAACACUGCCAAACUGGCAUGGAGAAUGAUCAGGGAUGGGUGUGUAAUGGACAUUACAAAGAAUCUUACGAUGACUGUGCCAAACAAAUCCAGUGCGGUUGCUGGAGCUUCUGUAGGACCAGUAGCUUCUUUUCAUGUACUUAAAGAUGAAGAUGCUAGUGUUAAAACUGCCAGCAGCAAUUCAACUUCAGUUCUUCGUCUGUCAGAGAGAAAUAUGAAUGUGCAAUAUGCUCCUCAGCCACUCAUAACUAAGUUAAAUAAUGAAAUAAGUAACAAGAAGAUUAGCAAUGAUGGAGAGGUCUGUAGAGAAGCCUCACUCACAGUAUCAGAAAACACACCAAAGAGAGCUGGCCUAGUUGAGUGUAAAAAAGCCUCAAGCAAGCUUCCCAUGUUAAAUCCUAACUGGAGGAAUUCAUUGUCCACCAAACAAUCAACAAAUAAAAACAGCUUACCAUGUGAAUCUUCUGCUAAUGUAAAUUCAAGUAGAAUAUCCCAAAUCCCAUGUGGUUCUUCAUCUUUUGUGUGUAAUACUACACCACUAGCUAAAACCACUAACAAUAAUUCCAGUGUAUCAGCUUCAGAUACAACCUUCACCAAAUUAAGAGAUUCCAAGAAACCAGUGUCGCUUGGGACAAAGCUCUCAUAUGCUUGUGCUACUACAAGCACAACUCCUUCCUUCACCAAAUUAAAAGACCCAAAGAAACCAGUCUCACUAAGAACACAGCUCUCUCAUGCAUGUGCUAUGACAAGUACCACUCCAAUUAAUACAGGUGUUAAUUCAAAUUUUAAAACCCCCAAAUUUAACACUCCCCAAACAACAACCAUGAAAAUGACACCCCCGUUGUGUGCUUGUGGUCGCAGAGCUAAAAGAAGACUAGUACAAAACCAAGGUCCUAAUACAGGCCGCUGGUUCUUCAGCUGUUCCAUCGGGAGCCCUGGCGUUGACAAUGAAAGGAAAUCUGGCUGCAAGUUUUUUAAGUGGGAAACACCCAAUACAUAAACAUGAAGCAAUUUGAAAAGGAUCCGAGUGGUUUUAUUUUGUUUUUUGAACAAUUGUUUUUUAAUUUAUGAUUUGCCUUGGUCUGCAAGAAAGAGCUCUCAUGGGUAUUUUUAUUUACCUUUUAAAUG